AUGUCAGCAUGCGGGGGUGCUCGCUGCCCGUUGGCGCACAGAGCUUCCCCUGUGGCUCUGGUGCCUGGCCGGGAGGUUGACGGAUGCAUUGCAUCCAGGCCAGCUGCCGUGGUUGUCGUGAUGAACGGAAAGGAGACGUGCGAUCGCCAUGCUGCUCCUCUUGCGCCCUUGGGCCAAGCUCACAGCACUUCGCUUGCGCUCACCAUUCACCACGACGUUCGCGGCCGCGGGCGCGUGGGCGUCUGUCGUGUGCCGCAAGCGCGGCCGCACAGACUCGCUACCGGCACAACGGCAGGUCACCACCCUCACUCAGCCCUAGACCAGCCGCUAACCAUCCUGGAGUGCUCCCGACAAGUCCCAAUACGGCAACAGAUAGUUUUUGCUCGCUGCCACUUGCGCACUGCCGCGCCGUCCUUGCCAAGUCAGCAGCGGGGCGUUGCCGAUUGUUGCGCGUCGCCUUGUGCAUCGACCCACGGGAGCUGCCGAGCCGAUGCUCAGGCACGAGGCUUCGCAAGCAAGGCACUCCAGUCAUCGUGGCUCGCAUGGGAGCCUCGUGGGUUACACGUUCUCGGCACCCUCGGCUGGGCUCCACUGGCCGAUAUGCAACAAGUAUCACUUUGGCACGCCACCUGGGCAACCUACAGUCCAGUCGUUGUCUGGGAGCAGGUCGUGCUCCAGCUGGGGCUCGCGAAAUGCAGAAGAUCUUGGGAAUUGACAAACUUGGACUAUGAUCCAUGGGCUGAUGGACUUCGUUCCAAUCCACAGGCACCCACUACCUGGCUCUCUGGGCAAUGGGUACAGAUUUGCACCCUUGACCUCUGCCACAACAACAGCGAUCAAGCUGACGAUAGGGAGGAACCACUCCAGCUCAUCAACAUCCGGCCGGCCGCUCCAAAGUUCAUCCUCGGUGUUGCAAGCGUGUGA